AUGGCCCGCACCAAGCUGGAGGCCCUGCAGGCCAGCCAAGGAAAGGGCAAGGAGAAGAAGGCCAAGAAAGAAUCCAAAAAGCAGAAGGCCGAAUCGCAGCUGGUUGAGGGCACUUCAGCCACAGGUGCCCGGACGGCGCCGGGCGUCAUUGCCGAGAAGGAGGCGCGGGGCGGGUCAGCCGGCGUGGGCGGCGUAGGCUCAGCCUCGCAGAGGUGGGGAUCGGUCAUGGCCGAGUCGCCCACUGAAACGCCCAUCCUCAUCUUCCAUGGCUUCCAGAACCGAGAUCCGGACCACGAGAUCCGGGAAGGCUCUGGCGAACACGAGAAGUUCUUUUCCGAAGGCUCUUCCAAAGCUUGCAGGAUCGGUUCCAUCGCCUCCAAGGGGACAACCCAGCGGAUCCAUGUCCCACCGCCGGCGGGCGCGGCCAGCGCGGGCUGCGGAGGACGACGCGAUCGGACCAAAGAUCAGUGCAUCUUCCGCGAUCGGAAGACUUGCGGGACAUCCUCAGUCGACGACUUUCUUGGGGCGUCGACGCUUCGCCUCUCGCGCCGACGUUUUGUCCAAUCUCAACUCACAGUUCCAGAUUUCAACUACCCAACUCUGCUUCUUCUGCUUCUCGCGAAAGAAAUGCAUGUGAUUCUGAGAAUCAUUGAAUGUCUCAGCAAGGGCAUCGUGAGCUUCAUUUUUCUUUCCUUCCUGGUGCUUUGUGUGUGCUUGCUGCGUGGCCUCCCAGCCCGAGCACCCCAACAUCCCAGUGUGAAGGAGGGCGUUCAGUGGAGCUGGGUGGUCUUCAUGGGAGCGGUCUACACCCUGACCUACUUCACCACCGACCAAUAUGUGCCAAACCUUCCGGAGAUGGGCCUGGAUCUCAACGGAUCGCAAGGACUCAUGAGCUUCACCGUGCAGAUGAAUUUCGUGGUGAAAGCCUUCUCGGGCGUCUUCACGGCAGGCCUGUCCGAUCGCAUCGGACGGAGGCCCACGUUGCUGGUGUGCAUCUUUGUGCUGAGCUUGGCCAGCUUCUGCUGCGGAUCUGCCCAGCGCGUGGAGUGGUUCGUGGCCGCUCGCAUCCUGCAGGGCAUGGGCGAAUCUGCGGAGCCGGUGAUCUUCGCCAUGGCGCGAGACUACUUCACCGACCCGGAGCAACGCUUUAGGAUGGUGGCAGCUUUAAAUGUGAUGUCCAUUGGUGGCAUGUUGGUGGCACCCGUGGUGGGAGGCUUUGUGUCCGAAUUCUCCAGCUGGCGGGUGCCCUUCUGGGCUUUAGCGCUGACCUGGGCUCUUCUGGGGAUUUAUGCGUGUGGUACCAUGGUGGAAAGCUGCCCCGAUCAGCAAAGUGACACCAGUCUGAAGGAUGUGUUGAAGAUUUUCCAGCCAGAGCUUCUUUGGCUCUUGCUGAGUGAGAGUUGCAUGAUGGCGGCCUAUCUGACUUUCAAUGCCAAUUUGAGCUACCUGGUGCAGGUCGUCUUCCGAGACUCGACCAUGACCACUUCGAUGAUUAUGUUGACCUUCGGAGCGCUGAACGGACUUGGCUUAUUGGUGAUGAAGCGAAUUCUCUCUGGGAACCUUCUUGAGGCUGCCAAGACUGCAGUUUGGAUAUAUGCAUCCACUGGCCUCAUCUUCUCAAUUCUUGGGUUAUUCUUCUCUCAGUUCAUGUGGGCAUACUUGCUUGGAUCCUUUCUACAGGCGAGUGUUGGCGUAAUGGCGCUGGUUUCCGUGAAUGUCCUAUUUUUUGAACCCUUGAAAGAUUGCGCGGGCAUGGCCGCUGCAUGCGAAAUUUGUGCCAAGAGCGUCAUUCCAUGUCUCUACUCAAUGAUGGCGACACAGUCUUUGAUCUUUUCAGGUGCAUUUGGCCUGAUCCAAUGUCAGGCUCUUGCCUGUCUGGUGUCUGGGCUGGUCUUCUCUUGCUUCGCACGAUCGCCUCCCCCCUGGGCUUUGGAGGCCUCUGAAAGGCCUGGGUCAGACUAUCUUGCUGUCUCCGAGUAA